AUGGGUAUAGUUGAGACUCAUGGCGUGGACUACGUAUCAGUCCAGUUUCACGACGAUGCAAAGACUUGGUGGAGAGCAUUCAUUGAUAGAAGGCUAGUGGGUGCGCCCCCUCUUUCUUGGACUCAGUUCCAUCAGGCCUUCUCCAAAAAGUACGUGCUGCGUACUUUGAGGGAUGCGCACAGGGAUGAGUUUCUCCAUUUGCGACAACGUGGGUUGUCUGUUUCUGAGUAUGAGGCCAGAUAUAUAUUCUUAGCCCGAUAUGCUGCCCAGAUAAUUCUCUCAGAAGAGGAGAGAGCUAUUGUUGAUAAUGCUGUGGGUGUCGAGUCUGCUAAGGCUCGAUCUUUGGGAGAGUCAGUACUACAGGCUUGUUCGAGUGGUCCUACUAUACCCAGUGACUAUGGAGCUAGGCAGUCUUAUGGUGGAUCUUACUCCCGUAAAGUAGACUAUACUGAUCCCUCUAGUUCAUCAGUUUCCAUGCAUCAACUUCCAGCUCUUAGAGCAUGCUAUGUGUGCGGCGACCCCAGUCACCUUAUGAGAGAUUGUCCCAGAGGUGGCUCAUCAAUUAGAGGCGAUGCUCAAUCGGGCCGCGAUGGCUCUUAUCAGACCAAAGGUGGACACCAGUCAGGUACAGGUAGUCCGCAGGCUUCUAGAGGUGGCCAUGGUGGCAGUCUUUGCUAUUCCUUUCAGAGUAGGCCUGAGGCGGAGGCCUCUGAUGCUGUCAUCUCAGAGUGGAGGGGUACUAUGAGUCCUGUUCCGAAGAAUAUCAUUUUCUUUGUCCGUGCGAAGAAGUUAGUGGCCAAGGGGUGUUUGGCUUAUUUAGCCUAUCUUCGCGAUACUAGUGUUGAUUCUCUGCCCCUUGAGUCUGUGCCUAUUGUGAGUGAGUUUGCAGAGGUCUUCCCUUCUGAUUUGUUGGGUAUCCCGCUCGACAGUGACAUUGAUUUCUGUAUCUAUUUGGAUUCGGGCACACGUCCUAUUUCCAUUCCUCCUUAUUGGAUGGCGCCCGCUGAGUUGAGAGAGCUAAAGGAGCAGUUGCAAGAUUUGUGGAGUAAGGGGUUUAUUAGAUCGAGUGUUUCUCCUUAG